AUGACCAUUGUCAAGGACUAUGCCUGGUCUGAUUUACUAAAGGACACAGUUAUCACGGCUCAACAUGGUAAUGACGGCAACCGAAUUGUAGCAGCAACCAAGGCUUUGAAACAAGCAGCUCACCAAUUCGUCAAGGUGCUCAAUGAUCGUGCCCGGCUUUUCGCCGACAGUGCCCAGUUUGAUACAGCGAUACGUGAUGCAGCAGCUAUGAGGGCCCUAUUACCGAGAUCAGGGCUUGGAUACUUGUGUACAGGAGACGUGUAUUGUCAACAAAGACGCUAUGCAGCAGCCAUUUCCAUAUACGAUCAAGGGCUUAUAACAGUACCUAAAUCAGACGACUAUUACCAGCAACUCCAACAACAUCGAAAGGCAGCAAUAGCCAACAACAGCAAACGCGUGGAUUUUAUCAGCCGGUUGCCAUUGGAUAUCGUCAUCACCAACAUUCUACCCAGGGUAGAGAGCAAGUUCUAUUCAGAUUCGUUAUGCGACUAUCUGUAUGUAUCACGUACAUGGCAGAAGCGUUUCCUUCAGCAACCUAACGGCUUGAACUUUGAUUUUGGCCUAGAGAAGCAGACACUUGCGAAGAAUCACAAUCAACUUAUUCGGUUUGCACCCUAUGUACAGAGGUUGUCAGGCUUUAUCAUUUUUGCCAUACAGUUGGAUGAUCUUUUUUCUCGAGCACGGUUUUCAAAUCUAAAGGAGCUAGAUAUAAAUGGUUCUUUGGCAUCCGCUCGUCUUCCAUUCAUCAAUGGUCUUCGGCUGGUCGCUGAUACGCUGACACAUUUGUCCAUUAACGGGCACCCUUGUAUUCAGCUGCGUGACAUCCUGGAAACAUGUCCGAAUAUUGUAUCUCUCUUUGUAUCGGGUGUGGAUAUUGUUAUGCCUUCAUCGCCUUCAUCACGCUAUCCCAAGAUCACGUACCUAGCAAUUCACGACGUAUCCGAAACAGCUCGUGGUAAUGACAACAUGGUUGAUCUCCUCGGCCGGUUCCCUUCUUUAUUGUCCUUCGAGGUUUCACCAAUGCCCGACUCCAGCCUCUUGACGAUCCUACACGAGCAUUGCCCAUAUCUACAGGUCCUUUAUUUCGGUGGCAGAAAUUAUCGCCCAACGGAUGUUCGUCCCAAUGGAAGAAAAGGAAUCAUAUCAGCUCAUCUAAGAGAAGGAAGAAAUGAUGUCUAUAUGCAUAAUGACCUGAUCCAUUUCUUGCACUUGCAUCGAGAUUCAUUGGAAGAGCUUGAGUUUCGCGGCGACAUUGAUGAUGGCGACUCUUUUUGGAAAUUGGAGAAUGGAAAACGGCUGACCAAGGUUGAUUUUCGGGGUCCUGAAGAAUCUUAUUCCAGUGUUUUUCUCACAUGGUUGAUAUCGAACGCUCCUAAUAUGAAAACGAUCCAUAUCGGCGCCUGGUAUUUUCGACCCAACGUUGCAAACGCCAUGAUUCAGUUGAAACAUCUUUCCAAGAUCGAGGUCCUUCAAAAGUGGAGAAAUUAUGACGAUGAUGAAGACGAGGACGAGGACGAGGAUGAAGACGAUUGUGGAGGCAUCAUUCAGUUCUUGAAACAUCAUGUUGAAAUGGGACAUCAAUCAACGCUUGAAGAAUUGGUCAUGUUAAGAGGGACACCCGACGUAGCAUGGAUACCGUUAGCUCCGGAGUUAAAACGUCUCAAGAAGCUCAAAUUAAUCACUGACAGAAUUCCUGGCCGUUGCUUCCCACUCAUCAUAUCGAUAGGAAAAGGCUGUCCCGCUCUCGAAAAGUUAAUCCUUGGCUUGCCUAACUCGAUGGUAGCUGAUGGUCUUUUGAAGCCUUUGCGUGUACAUCCGAAUCUCGAAUGUCUUAAGAUUGGGACUGGAUCUUUAUCUGCCGAUGACGCUAUCGCCUUGUGUACAUUCAGAAAUUUGAAAAAACUCCAACUUGAGUGUCAUGUUUCAGAUGAUUUACUUGAGAUGUUGCAAGACCAUAUACAAACAAUCGAGAUGUAUCCUCGACGAUGGUAG